GAACUCUCUAAAGCAACGUCUUUAUCUUAUCGGCACCAAUAUUCAGUUGAUAGGGAAGUAUCAACAUCGAAUUUUAAUGCUCCAUUAAAUUUAUGUGAAUUAUUUAACGACGAAAUUAUGAAUAACGAAAGUAUCAGUUUGCCAAUGUCAGUUUUUCAAGGAGAAUUAAAUGAACACGGUAUCGCACAAGACAAAUCUAAAGGAUUGUUGUCAUUAUUAGAUGGAAUUAUCAUUAGAAUUAUUGAAAAAUUGAGUUCCGAAGAUAUAGCUAACUUAGCAGAUACUUGCAUUAAACUUCGAGAGGUUGUACGAAAAAUGACAACAGGUGAUGACAGUUUAUCCGAUUUCAGCAUUGAAAGCAUUGAUGAAUUAGACUGCACCUGCGAAUAAAACGAACCAUUUGACUGUUUCAGUUUUUUUUGAAUUUCGUAUUAGAUAUACUGCAAGCGGAAACUUGGUAACAAGAAAAUCAUUGUUACCGAGUUUUAUCGUUAUUGCCG